AAUUCAGGAGACUUUUCCCUCCUCUUUCCUAUUAUUUCUUCUUAGGUACAGAGAAGUGACAGAAAUUUCUGUUAGCUAUUUACAAAUCUAUAUCGCCUCCAAACCCCUGACAACAGAGCAAUUUUUUCACAGGUAUGGUCAUCUGAUCUUUACGCCUGCUUGUGGAAAAUGUUGGGGUUUUUUUUGCAUAUCACCAGUUAUUAAAGCAGUGUUUGAAUCACAGAAUCAUAGUUUGCUUCCAGUUCUGAGCUGAAGACCUUUAUUGUGACAUCUCUUUAUCACCCACUCCUUUUGAAGCCCUUACCCUCUGGCAGAGGCCAGAAUUUCUCUACGGUUUCACCUUUUGCUCCCCAGCUCACUCGGUGAUUUUUACAUUUAUACUUCAUACAGUGCGAACAUUUCCUGAAUGCUGUCUUUUGUAAUCUGUCACACUCCUGAGUUCUGGAGCGUACCAGGAAUUUCUCUAGAAGAAACAAAAAGCAAGUACGUGAUUUUUGUUCUCGUGUAGAAGUGUUUGAAAAGGAAACGCUGAGAAAAAGAUCAGUGUCCCCAUCUCCUUUAUGCACUCGUUCCUAAUAUCAAAUCUUUUUGAGAAGGUAGGGGGGGAACUGUUGCCUGACUCUCCUCCCAUUCUGUGAGCUACGACUUGCACGUGUAUAAAGCAGAUAGCAGUGAAUAAUGACAGUGCAUUGGCUGAUCUGAUACUGUGGAGCAGAAGGUUUUCCCAUCAGUCAGAGGUUCCUCUUUAAGCCUCAGAACUAACUUCCUAUGUCCUAAUGGGUUGUGCAGGCAUCUUCACUGAGACAGAAGGAUUGUGUUACUUGCAGCACAGGACCGAGGAAGGAGAUAUUGCUGGUAGCAAAUUAUGCAGCGAGAAGUGCUUUACAGAAAGGACUCCACAGUGUGCUCGGAAGACAUCUGGAGGCCGGCAGGGGAGCGCAGUGUUCACCCGCUCCCGCUCCGAGGUACCCUCGUGGGUACCCGCAGCGCACACAGCUCCGCUCUGACUCACGGGCACACGCCUAUCCCCGCGCUCACUUAUCCGAGCCGCACAUGCGGACAGCCCCACGCCCCUCUACGCCCGCGCCGAGCAGCGAUAGCGCGCUCGGGAACGAUCGAGACACGGCUGCAGAAGGCCACGCCGGCGGCUGCGCUGCCGCCUCCUCCCGGGGGCUGCGGGCCGGAGCCGCGCUCCUCUCGCGAGACAUGGCCCCGCGCCGGCGGGCUCGACGGGGCUGGAAGGCCGGGGCGCCGCGCUUCGCCCCCCCAACCCCCGCCCCGGGGCCGCUCCCCGUGAGGCGGAUGCCGCGGCUCCGCCGUCGUUUGGUUCCCCGCGGUGCCGCCGCCGCCCUCCCGGCAGCGGGCGGAGCCUGAGGAGCGGGCGGCCCUCCGCAUCCCGCCUCUUCGCGAGCGGGGAAGCGAGGGGCGCGGCCAGGCCGUUCCGCGUCCCAGUUCUUCUCCCCGCGGCGCGGGGAUCAGGUGGAGCGGGCGAGGGGCGCGGCGAGAGCCGUUUCCUUCCUUCUUUCUUUCUCCGGCGGCGCGGCCCGCGCGGCGCUGUCAGACGGCGGGAGGCGGCUCUGUAACGGGCGGGCGGGAGGCAGAGCCGGACGGAGGGGGCGGGCGGCGAGCGGGGGUCGGAGGCGGCGGC